UCUGUGUUAUUUUUUGAUUAGGAAUGUUUGCAAAAGUAGGGACAAAAUCUGUGUAAGUGUAAGCGUUGCCAGCGAUUCCUUCAUCGCUACUUAUUUAUGCUUAUCGCAGUUGCAUAUGCAUACAAGUAUGUACAUACACAUACUUACAGUGAGAAUAUAGUAAAUAAUUGCUGUGCGCGAGUGGAUUUCGUGCGUAACAAGCGCUUUGUGGAUUGUGGUUUCAAAUCAAGAUUGAAAUAAACUGGAUGGUUCUCGGUUUUGGAGAUCUGAAUAUGGAAACCAUGAUUACUCAACAGCUGUUUCUGGGUGAUCUUCUGCUCUUAUGAAAAGCCACUUGCUGGUAGAUAUCAAAGAGAGUGUAUCAAACUAUUGUAGAAUUCCGUCCUAACGAAUAGCAAAUUUAUAAGUAUUAUCUACAUGUACAUAUACACACACACCUAUAUGCUUGAGUGCUGUGUUAUCAGCAAAUGCUUGAGCGUUCCACAGAAAUUCCCAAGCUUCUGUGAAGCACAGUUUUCUUCUGAACUUUCACGCAUGCAAACGGUGGUAUUGAAUAGUGCUUAAAAAUAUGUUGCUUCUAAAGUUUCUUGCGCUACUAUCGAGCCUAAUAUUAGGUGUAAGACUAUGCGCAGGAAAUGUGGACAUAACCGUCGAAGCUCUCGACUGCAAUUGCGAUGUAGAUAUUGAGAUUGUGAAAAGGGUUCUGGGAAAGCUGGAAAAACUCGAAAAGCGUGUGGAGGAAAUCUACAGCCGAAACGAGAUCAAACAAGUGGAAAGAGCCAAACUAAAAACGAAUAUGCCCAGCAGCUGCUUAGAAGCUACUGCCGCCAUAUCUAAAAGUGGCAUCUGCAAGAUUCAAGUCGGACGCUUUAGCGAAAUCCCGUUCGAGGUGUGGUGUGAAGAGGAUACCGAUUUCGGCGGUUGGACCGUCAUACAGCGGCGUGUCAGUGCUGAUGUUGACUUCUAUAGGAAUUGGACGGACUAUAAGGUCGGUUUCGGCAACUUGGCCGGUAACUAUUGGAUCGGGCUCGAUAAGCUGCAUGCACUUACUACAAGCUGUGAACAUGAACUGUACAUAAAAAUGGAAAACUCCGGUGGUGAGAAAUACUAUGCGAAAUAUAGUGCAUUCGUUGUAGGUAGCGAAGCGGAUGGCUUUGUUCUGAAAACUGUGGGCGAUUAUAAAGGAAAUGCCGGUGAUUAUUUCCAAAAUCACGAAGGCAGUAAAUUCAGCACAUACGAUCGCGAUAAUGACCAAAAGGACGAUGAUAAUUGCGCGAAGAAAUGGCGUGGCGGCUGGUGGUAUAACUGUUGCUAUUGGAGCAACUUGAACGGCGAUUAUACAAAAGGUAAUAGCGGUCAGGGUAUAGUGUGGAUCGGUAUAAGCAGAGAUGAGUCAUUGAAAUUCGUACAAAUGAUGAUACGUCCGACGCAGGCCUGCAUGAGGCGGCUUUCGUUGAGAUAUUGAGCUCUGCGUUUGCCAAACAAUAAAAUACUUUUACGACAUGACGCUCAAGUCUAUGCUAUGCAUUAUUAAAAAUGUAUCUAAUUUACCAUAUAUUUAUAUAUUUUAUAAAAGUUCUUAUCUGCUGUAAAUUUACUACUGUAAAUAACGAAUGCGCUCUCUUUUGUUUCAAAAGAGGUAUUUAAGCUCAUGAGCUUAUUGGAGCCUAUUUCAUACUAACGCUUUAUUUCUAGUGUUAAUGUAUAAAUUAAAUUUUCUUUGUAGUGCAAAUGUCUAUGCCUUGAUAUAUUUCUAUUCGCUGAAGGCUCCGAUAUUUGGUUUUAUAAGAGAUAGGCAAAAAUAAAGCAGCAGGUCUUCGGCUUGUGUGAGACUCACAGAGAAUAUGCUUCAAUAAAGUUAUCUGUUGUUGUUAUAGCAGCAGAAAACAUCCCUGAA